AUGGGCACCUUCAUGCAUGCCUCCGAGGGCGAGAUGGUCUGCACCUCGACCAACGUGAAGAUUCCUUACUUCAACGCCCCCAUCUACCUUGAGAACAAGACUGCCGUCGGCAAGGUCGACGAGAUCCUCGGCCCCAUUAACCAGGUCUACUUCACCAUCAAGCCCCAGGAGGGUAUCGUCGCAACUUCCUUCAAGAACGGCGACAAGUUCUAUAUUGGCGGCGACAAGCUCCUGCCCCUCGAGAGGUACUUUUCCUCUUCGCGCCAGACUUGCUGCUGCAACCCAGUCCUAACACUUUCUCCAGAUUCUUGCCCAAGCCCAAGCCUGCUCCCGGUGCUCCCAAGGUCAAGAAGCCCGCAGGCCGUGGCGGUGCUCGUGGCGGUUUCGGUGACCGCGGAGGUCGUGGUGGCCGUGGAGGUUCAAGAGGCGGAUUCGGAGGCCGUGGCGGUUCGAGCUUCGGUGGCCGUGGAGGCUCAAGAGGUGGAUUCGGUGACCGUGGUCGCGGUGGAUUCCAGAGCCGUGGAGGCUCGGGAGGUUUCGGUGGCCGUGGUGGUAGCCGUGGUGGUGGUCGUGGCAGAGGCGGCUACUAAGAAUAGCUGCCUUGACACCAAAGAAAAGUGCAAGCAUGUGGGCGUAAACAGGCAGUGGCGUCACGGAGUUAUGAGGCCUUGGACGGCUUGGGAAAUGGUUCACAAGGAGGCAUUGUUUCGAAAAAGAGGCAGUUCAUCUCAUGUUUUACGCUGUACAGGACUAUUGAAUACAGAGAAGACGAGCAAAAAAAAACUAUUUCAACUUCAUUCGUUCUGA